AUUGAGCACAAAAAAAAGGACUCUAGGGUGCUCCGCAGUGCAUGAAAGCAAGCCGAUUGUGCCAUUGUGAGGAAUAGAAGCGGGAUCCAUGAAUCACGGCGCACUCCUGCGCUGCACAGCUGGCUCGUGUUAAGCCGAGGUCACGUAUUCUUCACCUCCUCCUCCCCGAAGGAGCUCCACUUAUGGGUGUUGCCCCCCAUUGUUGCGUUGUGCCUCUUGGCCCUAACAUCCAGGAAUGACUACAAUCUGCAAUGGAAAAAAAAUUGUUUGGCUGUCUGCUGAAGUGAUCCCGCCAUGCGUGAAUACAAGCUAGUGGUGUUAGGCUCCGGAGGUGUGGGCAAGUCCGCUCUGACAGUUCAGUUCGUGCAGGGAAUCUUUGUGGAAAAAUAUGACCCGACAAUAGAAGACUCGUACAGAAAGCAAGUGGAGGUAGACGGACAGCAAUGUAUGCUUGAAAUUCUCGACACAGCCGGCACAGAACAGUUCACGGCAAUGAGGGACUUGUACAUGAAGAACGGCCAAGGUUUUGCCCUGGUUUACUCCAUCACAGCGCAGUCCACCUUUAACGACCUCCAGGACCUGAGGGAACAGAUUCUACGAGUAAAAGACACCGAGGAUGUGCCGAUGAUCCUGGUGGGCAACAAGUGCGACUUGGAGGAUGAGCGUGUGGUGGGAAAGGAGCAGGGCCAGAACCUGGCCAGACAGUGGAACCACUGUGCCUUUUUAGAGUCCUCUGCUAAGUCAAAGAUCAAUGUCCUCGAUAUCUUCUAUGACCUGGUCAGGCAGAUAAAUAGGAAAACGCCAGUGGAAAAGAAGAAGGCAAAAAAGAAAUCCAACUGUGUGCUGCUUUAAAGACCCUCCCAUCCUAAAGCCCCUGCAGCAGCUCUGAGCCAGAAAUGCUGUAAUGAAGAACUGUUGCCCUGAUUGGAACGUGCCAGCAUUCCAACAGCCCCGCCCACCCUGAUCCCCCCCCCCCCCUCUUCUCCUCUCAACUCCAUCAGCCCCAAACGGUGAAUCAGCUGAGCGCUCACACCGCUCUAUCCUACACGAGAUGAGGAUGACGAUGUACGGCGCGGAGAGAAAAAAAAAACCAUCAAAGAGAAAGACAGUCGGCGAGAGACAACUCUGUUCUCUGGCCUCGAGGACCUUCUUCCCGUGUGUGUCUGCUGAAAGGACACAUUUGCUUCAUUUUUGCUCCAAAAACCAAAAGGCCACAAAACUGAUGACAACAGCGCAGGAAAUCUGUUAAAAGAAACUAAAUGUCCGUGAGCCGCUUAGACACGGCUAAAACAGCAGUCCCCCCGCCCCCCGCCUGGCCUCCCCUCUUCUUUUUUGACACUUUUAACACAAACAAAAAAAAAAAAACGAUUAAGAAGUGAAACAUUAGAAAUGGGAUUCAGUAUUUUUCCAUCUUUUUCAGUAUAUCGUAUUUGAAAAACAUACAUUUAGUUGUGUGAAUAUUAAUGUUCUUCAAAAACGAGCAUGAAAAAAAAAGUUGCUUCAGUUCAUAAUUGUAGAUGUGUGAAACCAAGUGGAAAAGUGAGAAUCAUUAUUUUUAUCUUGGAUGGCCAUAAACAUUUUCUCCAUGCCUGUCAUGUCAGUGAUAGAUCAAGGUCUAUAAUCUGUAUUUUUUUUUUUUAUGUUUCUUUUCACACCUCAUCAUUCAUGGACUUCUCAUCUACCGAUUUCUCUCUAUCUCUCUCUGAUGUGACUUAAUUUUAUACUUAGUCACUGGGAAUUUCAUAGCUCCCAUAAUAUAUUCUAAUGCCAUUUUUUUUUCUUUUUGCAUAAUGCUUCGGACAAAAAUGGGUCUUUUAUAGAAGAAAUAAAAGGGGGGGGGAAUAAGGAAUGAUUUCUAUGUCUCUUGAAGUUGAAAUAUAUUAUACUAAACCAACUCGAA